AUGCUGCUAUUCGAAAUUCUUGCCUUAUGCACAAUACUACAGAUUAUAGUACAACGAACAAUAUCGAAGAAGAUAAUAGCCUACACAUCCGAAGUGGAAGAUGAGGAAGGCUUGGCCAUUUAUCAACAUUUAACCGUAUCCCAAACCUACCACUCUCAAAGCCACAACAUGCACGAUAUCAUUGUGAAGCAUAUUGUCAUUACAAACACAACAUCUUCAAAUCAGCGCAAUGCUUCCAAGAACCAGAUAUUCUUGAUACCUACGACUACUGUGUUCUACAACGUCAUUCUGGACAUUUUGCCUAGCCUCAACUUAUCAACUAAUGCGAGCGUUCUGUUCGAUUCUGCUUACGGAAACAUGGAAAGAACACGAGCAUUUUUUGGUAUGCUUCCCGUCUUUUUAAACUUCGUAGAAAUCCAGAGCAGUUUAAACAGUCUUCAAAAGCAGCUUCAAGAUGUUGCUGCGUUUGAACGAGUCAUAAUUGUCGCUAAGACAACAACCACCGCUGUAAUGGUAGCGAGAGAGGAUAUCAAACCUUUCCAAUGUGAAGAAUGCCUUGUGGAUCUACUUUGGAUUAGACCAUACGCUACUGGAAUCCCAAACAUGCACAACCUGCGGGAGUUUCUUGUCAACCGUGAGACCGGUUUGAAGCUAAAUUAUAGCUUUAGAAGCUGGGAGGAGCUUGAUGUUGCCUUCUAUUUUGACGUCAUGGACUUUGUGUUUGAAGUAUUCAACAAAACUCUCAAUCACAUAAGCUACUCUUGCUCUUCUUCACCUACGGAAACUUUCUUUGUAUUCGACGAUGCUUUAGUGGAGCUUACUCGUCCGGAAUACGGAGCUUUCAAACAACUCAAUGCCUCAACAUUUUACCAGGACGUGCGAGCAAAGGUCUUCAGGAUUGAGCGCAGCAGCAGCACAAAGGAAACUUAUAGCAAGCAGAUCGCUUCAUGGACAGUUGCCAACAAAGUCGAAUUACUGUACGGAAGUUUUGAUGUCGACAUCAAAACUAUAAGGACAUACCGUAUUGUUACGGCAUUGCAAUCACCAUUCGUACAAUUAAGCGGUGAUCCCGAAAAGCCUUACGAAGGUCUCUGCAUAGAUCUUAUCGACAUGAUUCGGGAGGAGCUGAAUUUUACAUAUACCAUAUAUGAGGUGGAGGAUGGCAUAUAUGGUUCAAUUGAGCAAGAUGGUAGAUGGAAUGGCCUUAUUGGUGACUUGGUUUCGGGAUCAGCAGACAUUGCCUUGGCCGCUCUAAGCGCGACUGCUGAACGCGGGCUUGCUGUGGACUUUACGCUGCCUUACUACAAACCCGUCGGUAUAGCAAUUCUGAUGAAAAAACCGGAUGUAAGCUACUCGAUGUUCGAAUUCACAGAGGUACUGGAGUGGCAAGUGUGGCUCUCUAUAGCAGUUGCAUAUCUCCUGGCAAGCAUCACAUUGCGGCUAUUUGACAAAUUAAGUCCAUACUCGAAUACCAAUAAAAGAGAGAGGAAGAUGCAGUAA